AUGAUGAUUAAAAGUUAUCAAGUAAUGACAAUGGCAAUGUUAUGGGUGAGGAAAGUUCUGGAAAGGUAUCCAGAGGUCGGGUUGACAACAACACUUUCAUCUCUACAAAUCCUGAUGUUGGUAUUAGGAAGCACAAAGAAGAAGGUUUUUAGCGACAUACUACAAGUCUGUAUCAUGCGUGAGAUUAAGCUCCUUAGGCUCCUUCGUCGUCCAGACAUUGUGGAAAUCAAACACAUCUUAUUGCCACCAUCAAGAAGCGAAUUCAAAGACAUAUAUGUGGUUUUUGAGCUUAUGGGAUCUGGUCUACAUCAGUUGCAUUUGGAACCUGCUAGCAGUAACUCUCUUCCUGGAAAUGGUAACGGCUCAAUAACACAAAAAUUACGAGUUACCAACACUCAACAUGGCAAGAAAGCAAUCAUUAUGCACAUACGAAUAAGUACAAGUUGA